AGUUAGUUCCAUUUCAACCGGCCAUCUUAUAGCUUGUUAUUCCACCGCUCGUUGAUUCAGUUGGUGAUAGUGAGCAUAAAAGUUUUAUUUCUCUCACAAGAAUUGCAGUUUUGUGAUAAAUAAGUGCAAACCCAACCAGGCGUUUUGUUACACAACGAUUUCUCAUGGACAUAGAAUGAAAGUGACUGUAAAAAACUGGACAGGUGUAGCCACAUGGAAAUGGGUAGCAAACGACGAUAGCUGCGGAAUUUGUCGCAUGCCGUUCGACGCAUGUUGCUCUGAUUGCAAGCUGCCUGGUGAUGACUGUCCUUUGGUGUGGGGCCAGUGCUCACAUUGUUUUCAUAUGCACUGCAUUGUAAAGUGGUUGCAGUCACAACAAGUCAAUCAACACUGUCCGAUGUGUCGGCAGGAAUGGAAAUUCAACAAUAAGUAGCUGCAUAAAUUCGUUAUAGUCUGCGGCAGCUAGAUCUCUCACUGCUCUCGCAACUCUGGUCUCUCAACGAAUCCAUCCAGGACUUCCGCCAUUCAGCAGGAGCAGGACGAGCGUAGUAUUCUAUCACCACCGUCCCCGUCUCCCACGACCUCGUCCGGUGAGGACGUCGAUGGAGACGACUAUUUUCAGCCGUCACCAAUGCGGUUUCGAUUGGCACCACCGCGGCCGCCGCCUCAUCGGCGCACAAGCAACAGUUCGUCAGGAACUGGCUCUAGUGUGUGAUUGGACAUUCCAGGACUGCAGGAUAACUAUUUAAUGUAUGUGAUGUGCGUUUCACUAAUUCAACGAUCGCCACGAGCGAUUUAUGUAUAUACAUAAUAGUAUUGUUUGUGAUAUAGUUGACUACUUAAGAAUUAAUGUAGAACAAUUAAUUUUCAUAUAAUUUGUCAUUAAAGAUAAUAAUUUUUAUUGAUAACUUUUGAUUGACUGAUUUAGAAAUAUUGACAUUGAAUAAGUAAAAUUGGCGAUCUACAAUUAAUCUAAAUAAAGUUUUAAUAAUUGUCA